GAUCCUAAAUUAAAAAGAAAAGCUCAAAACCGAGCUGCGCAGAGAGCAUUUCGUGAACGUAAAGAGCAAUUUGUCAGUGAAUUACAAGAACAAAUGAAACAAUUACAAGACGCUAAAGAUAAACGUGAGAAAGAACUUGCGAUGGAGAACACUAGAUUAAAGUUGGAAAAUGAACGUUUGAAGGAGGAAAACUAUAUUUUAAAAGAUGCCAAAUUCACGUUUGAAUUCCCAGCGAAUUCGGAUAAAUCACACCCGGCUUCCCCACCCGCUACUGCCGAAACAGACGAAAUUAUGACUCCUUCCUUCACAAACUUUGACUCCAGUAGAACGGACGAUAAUGCGGACUUGUUUGAUGACAAACCACUCACAGAUUAUCGUGCCCCUGCCAGCGAAUCUGACUAUCUCAUUCAAAACCAACCAUUGCCCCAACUAUUUGGAAAUGAAAUGGAUUUGUUUGGUUUAGACAACCCUGCCCCAUUCAAUAACUCUUCGCUAGACCCUUUAUUUACCAAUGAAUUAAAUGAGGAUGGUUCUCUCUUAAAAUGCGCGCCUGAAAAUGAAAAACCAUGCAAACGAAAAAUAUUGGCUGUGCUUGAUCGUGCCAAAGGUGCUAACCGCCGCUUAUAUGAAGUACAUCAGGAUGUAAAAAGUUACUGCCCAGACUUGAAUUUAGAUCAAUUAUGUGAGGAUUUGAAGAGAAAAAUCUCAUUUGAUUCAAAUCAUAUCCUGACUGACGCUGAUGUCGACCUGUAUAUCCAAUGUAUCCAAAGAACAACUUGA